AUGGCCGAUUCAGGAUUGACUGCUGCGGGGAGCAGUACAUAUGCUUCAAAUACUCUUCAUGUGGGAGACGGAACAUGGGACACGCAGCGUGACACAUUCCUGCUACCUAAUUUGAUGGGCAUAAACUUUGAGACGAUGCGAUACAAUGGCAUGGGUAACAGAUUCAAGGAUAUGAGCGGGUAUCAUUCCAUAAUUGUGGCACAUGCCGUUAUUGGUACAAUUGUUUUCUUGGGCCUCGUCCCUAUCUCGACCCUCAUCGUUCGAUACUACUCUCGCUGGAAUCCUUACUGGGCAUUCAAGCUUCACGCGUGGUUUCAAGUGCUCACACUGCUCCUAUCAACUGUGGUUUUCAUGUUAGGCUGGUUUGCCGUUGGCCCGAAGAGAAGCCUGACCAAUCCACACCAUGGAAUUGGCCUGGCAAUCUAUGUCAUGGUUAUCUUCCAAGUGCUCUGGGGCUGGUGGGUCCACAAGAGAGAAAGGAAUAAGAUGCGGCAUCGCGUUCCGCUGAAACUAGUGAUCCAUCGAUGGCUUGGUCGAGCAUUGCUUCUUCUGGGGAUCGUUCAGAUACCACUGGGAUUGACACUCUAUGGUUCUCCAAAAGUGCUGUUCAUUCUAUUUGCUCUCGCAGCAUUCGCAUAUUUGGUAAUAUUCUUUAUCCUCUCGUAUCUUUACGAUGAUGAGGGAUACCAGGUGGCUAGUGAAAGCCGGCUCAGCCAUUAUGAGGGUCCAUCAGAAGUGAGUGAAGAUCACCCGCGUCCAGGCGGCGGUGGCCUUGGAGGGGCCCUGGCUGCAGGUACUUUGGGUGCAGCAUUAGCGUCAAUGUUUCGACGGCGAUCUAGACGCACAAGCCAAGUGUACGAAGAGUCGCGUGUUACCCUUUCGGACGAAAAAUACUCGGAUGCAUCGUCUCGGUCCUCUCAUCACGACGGCUGGGGCAAAAAGCUUCUUGGCCUGGGGGCACUAGCCGGUGCUGGUAUGCUUGCAAAGAGUUGGUGGGAUCGCCGAAGAGAUCGCGAAGAUGAUACUGAAUCAGGACGCUAUCGGCCCGCUCAUUCACGACAUGAUAGCUACAGCGAAGAGUCUAUUAGUCGGUUGGAAGAUCAUCCACCAGAACCCACCCAUCACACACCACUUAAUCGUCCUCCGAGUCGUGUGCCGAGCAGAAGUCAGAGCCCUGGCUCAUCCUACUACUACAACAGUACAUACCUCACUGAUCCGGAGCCCCGGCGCACCUCCCAUGGCCUGCGCAACGGCCUACUUGGUGCAGGUGCUUUCCUGGGCUUGAAGAAGCUGUUCGGUGGCAAGGGCGAUGCUGAAAAACGCAGAAUCGCAGAAAUCCGCCGUCGUGAGGAGGAGGACGAGCAGCUCCAAAGAGCAAACAGCAAGCGGCGAACACAUUCAACAGGCAUUCCUCAACGACGCCGACCCAGCUCCUACACUGACAGCGACCUCACUCCAACCGAUUUAGCUCCACUACCCCCUCGCCAGCCAUCAUAUGGCUCCACUUUGACGGCUGAUCCUGUCGCAACAGGUGCUUUGCUCAAUAGCCACUCAGAUCUUCCUCCCGCCCCUCCUACCCACCAGAAUGGGUCUGGUGAGAGACCCUCCUCCCGCCAUGGAUCGGGGAUGAUUUCCGAUGCGGCCAUAGGUGCAGCUGCAGGUGCAACCCUAGGCGCCGCGACCAGUCAUCGUCGCAGCAGCAGCAUAAGCCGCCGCGAAGAGAGCCGCAUUCGUGACGAGAGUCGUCACCGAGAAGAGAGCCGCCAUCGCGAAGAAAGCCGUCGCCGCGAAGAGCAAGUCCAGUCUCCACCCGUAUCAUUGAAAGUCAAGAUGCAUAACGACGGUCGCCAUGUGACCCUGCGACGACUGACAGAAGAAGAAGCAGCCGCAAGUCGCGAGGCACGUCGGCGAGAGCGAAGAGGCUCUCGCCGUCGCUCAGACAGUGCAAGCUCUCUAUCUGGCGACGACCGCACCAAUGAUCGCUGGCGUCGUGUGGAAGAGUUAGAGCGCCGACAGCAUGAACAGAUGCAACGGCAACAAGCCGCGGCUGCAGCAUCUGCCGCUCCAUCUGGCAGUCUCCACAUGCCACCACCGCCCCCAGCCCCUCAUCUCGCUCCAUCGAAUAUGCCAUAUGGCCAGAGUAGCAUUACGUCGCCGACAUGGACAGGCGACGAAGGCAGUGGAUCCUACGCCAAUAAUCGCCGGCGCCGGCGCGCAGAGCGAGCCAGGGACCGACAAGAUAGACAGCAACAGCGUGGUGUGGAGUUUGAGUGA